CUCUCUCUUUGGUUUGGUAUUAUUUUCCGUCGCUGAUGUGAGAAUCGAUAUCGAUUUUUGGAUAGAAGAGAACGUCAUUUCCAUUUCCUUCUGCAACCCUCACACGCUCGCUUCCUUUCUCUAACACGAUCGAAAGGGAUAAAAAUACCAGAUCAAAACCCUAGAAUAUCCACUUCUCCAAAUCCUACCGUCGAUCAUCCGGAUUUUCAAUCCUCUCUCUCAAUCUACGGUUCAGUUGUGAUUGGCUUUGCACUUCUAUAAGCUGUUCUAUUGCCAGUGAUUUCGGGGCUUCCCAAAAUGGGUUCAGAAAUUGAAAAGCAACAUGAGCCAGGAUUACCAGUCGAAAAUAAAGAUGAAUCUCAAAAGAAGUCAAAGAUUUCAUAUAGCAGGGAUUUUCUUUUAUCUUUUAGCGAGCUUGAUAUAUGCAAAAGGGUGCCUGCUGGUUUUGAUGCAUCAAUUUUAAGUGAAUUCGGGGAUGCAUCCUAUAUCAUACCCGAGUGGCAAAAAAGUUCUGGAGGUUUAUCUUUACAAAGUUCUAGGUAUGGUUCAAGCCCACCAAAUAGAGCGGACAGUCUACAAAGUAGUUAUUCCCGAGGAAGCCAUGGAAGGUGGGAUACUCGUUCUUCUGGAUCAAAUGAUAGGGAUGGAGACUCACAGUCUGAUCGGGAUUCAGUUACCCAAGAUACUGGAAAACGUUAUGGGAAUCAAUCUCGGCGUUCUUGGCAAAAUCCAGAGCAUGAUGGGCUUCUGGGAAGUGGCGCUUUUCCAAGACCAUCUGGAUAUGCUGGAGGAACCUUAGCUCCAAAGGCUAGGGGGAAUGAUAAUUUUCUUCUCAAUAGGAGCAAUGAACCAUACCAUCCCCCACGCCCGUAUAAGGCACUACCUCACUCACGGAGAGACUUUUCUGACUCGAUUAAUGAUGAAACAUUUGGUUCUGCUGAAUGCUCAAGUCAGGAUAGGGCAGAGGAGGAAAGAAAAAGAAGAGCUUCCUUCGAGUUGAUGAGAAAGGAACAACACAAAGCAUUGCAAGAGAAGCUCAAACAUCCAGAUAAGCAUAAAGAACAACUGAACACUGGUAUUGGUGCAUUUUUGGAGAACUCUGAUGAUGGAAAGAGCCUUUGGAGUAAAAAUGAUGACAAAUUAGAGGACGAUGUCACACCAGUUUCCCAGAGUGAUUCUGGCAAGCAUGCUUUCCCCACACCGGCUCCUGCAUCUAGACCACUUGUACCUCCCGGUUUUGCAACUGCCAUUUUAGAGAAGAAUCUUGGAGCAAAAUCUCUGGUCCCCACCCCUGGGCUAGAGGUUGGCAAUAUUGGAUUUGAGGAUGAUGUAACCCAUACGGGCCAUGCCAAACAUUCCCUGGUAGGAAAUGGCCCUGGCAGUGAUCGGGAGAAUGAAAAGCCAUUAUCAGUAAGUGUUCCCUCCCACAAGCAGGAGGACGAGAUUCAGACUGUAUGUGUCCCCUCUAUGAGUGCAAAUGAAAAGACUGUGAUUCCGUCAUCAGGUUUUGAGGUUUCUGACUGUUCAUUUGGUUCUGAGAAUCCAUCCUCUAGAACUUCUAGCCUACAGGAAGCCAGAGAAAGUUGGGUGGAUAGUGCAGUUACAGAUUUUGAUGCUGAGAAAGUGACAAGGUGUGGAAUUGCUGGUACAGUUGAUCAGGAUCAUUCUGCAACAAUUCUUGACAAGCUGUUUGGUAAUGCUUUGGCAGUGAAUGGUGUUGGCUCACCUAGCUUUGUGGAGCAUCAUGACUCGAAACCAGAUGAGGACACAUGGAGCACUGUACCAUCUCAAGCUUCCAAGUUUGCUCAUUGGUUUCAAGAAGAGAAAAAACCUGUCGAUGGUCACUCAUCUUCCACUGCCAGAGACUUACUUUCACUAAUUGUCAGUAAUGAGAAAGGUGGAGCCCAGGUGUCUGUAGGUUCUGAUGAGAAAGCCAUUGAACACUUCCAAACAAUCUUCCCUUCUGAAAAUAUUGAAGUUUCCCAGAAUCUUAUAACAUCAUCUUCAACUUCCCCCACAUUGGGAAUUCCUGAGUCACUUUAUCAACAUGGCAAACCAGACACAAGUUUGGGAGUUCUUACUUGUGAGGACCUUGAACAGUCAAUCUUGGCAGAAGUUAAAGAAAGCAGUGCACAUUUGCACUCUAUGGAAGUACCUUGGAGUGUCUCGGAUGCAAAAGUUGAACUGCAAAAGGCCAAUGUGGAUGAUCUUGCGUCCCAACAUCUUCUUUCUUUGUUACAAAAAGGAACCAGCUUGAAAGAGCCAACAUCAUCUCCCUUUUUUGAUAUGGAGUCAUCCAACACACUUGGUGUUCCUGGCAUUACCGGUAUGGCUGACGGUGCAAGUGCCGGGAGUGCUGAAAAUAUUCAUAACACUGAAAAAACCCUGACUCUCGAAGCACUAUUUGGGAAAGCCUUCAUGAACGAGUUACAGUCAGUUGGUGCUCCAGUCUCUGCACACAGAGGCUCAGUUGGUGGAGGUAUUAGAAAUGAUGUUUCAGAGCCUCAUGGAUUAUCAUUUCCAAUUGCAGAUGAUGGUUUCUUUCGUUCCACAGUUGAAUAUGCAUCCAGCAAGCCUGGCCAUGAAGGGAAUUCCUUGGCAUCAAACCAACCUCAAGAAACACUAUCUGAUAGGCUUCAGGGGCAUUGGUUAGGUUUUGAUGAUCCUCGAACAAAUGGAUCAAAACUAGGCGCUGUUAUUGGAUUUGAUGACAGAGCUGAUGAGGCAGUGGAUUUUCAGCUGCCUGAAGGGGACUUGCUUAAUGAUCCUGUUAACCAUGAAACCUCCAUGUUCAUGCCUGUUGGUGCUGCAGCUAAAAGGGAGGAGUUCAUAUCCUCAGAGGCACCAAUUGAUAUUGCUGAUAAACUAGCGGCUCUGAAUUCCCUCAUGAACGAAGAAAGACCUGUGACAUCUUUGGACAACCCGCCUAUAUAUCGUGGUGCUUACAAUCCAGUGGAAUCUGAACUUCCGUAUCAGCAUUUGCAUGGCCGACCAUCUUCUCCACAGUUUCCUCACCAGAUGAAUCACACAAGGCCUUCAUUCCACUCUCUAGAUCACCACACUCAGAGGAAUCCUCAGAUGAGUUUUAUUGGCCCUGAAAGCAUCCAUCAUGAUCCCCAGCAUGCUUUCCCUCCAAAUAUUUUUCAUCACCCUUUCCAUGGCCCAGGUGCACCUAGGUUUGAUCCUGCUCGUCAUUCAUUGCCACAGCACAUCCCCCCCAUGCCAGGAAAUUUCCCACCACCUCACUUACUUCAGGGACUUCCUAGAGGUGUACCACUCUCUCAUCCGAUGAAUCACAUGCCUGGUUACAUGCCCGAGUUGACCCCAAUGCAAGGCUUUCCUUUGAAUCAUCGGCAACCUAAUUACGGUGGCCUGGGAACGGCAAUGCCAGGCCCCGUUGGCGAUGGUGGUAAUCACCUGGAGGUACUAGAAAGGUUAAUGGAAAUGGAGUUGAGAGCGAAUUCAAAGCAGAUGCCACCUGCUGCUGCUGGACAUGGCCCCGGGAUCUAUGGUCCUGAGCUCGACAUGGCUUUCAGGUAUAGAUGAUGAUGAUGAAGAUGACGAUGGAAGCUUUUUCAUUCAAAUGAAUCUCAAAUCCUUGUUGCCAGGGACGGGUUUUCAUUUCGAUGAUAAUGUAUUAUAUGGAUUUCAAUUCGAACGGUGGUUGGUGAUAUUUGGGUUUGGCCUUGAAGUUUUUUUAGGAUGGAGGAAAGUCAAAAUAAAGUAGGACAAAAAGGAAAAAGACCUUCAUACAGCAUAGUCCUGUUACCAGCA